GUGUGUGUGUAGAGAAGGAGCGAGGAGUCACGUACGCUUGUGUUCAGUACGCUCAGUUCUAAAGCAGGGACGUGUCCACGCCUUUCGCUGGUAGAAGCAUUCCCUUCACAUCAGACACGUUAAAACCUAACCCAUAUAAAUCGAGCAACAUCAACAGCCUUUAGGCAAACGGGAUAUUUGCUGUAAAAGAAACGCCAGCUUGCCAGGCUAAAACUUGGGCUGCUGUGUUUGUAUUUCCAAAUCGUGUCUAGCCAGCGAGCAAAGUUUACCGGAGCUGCAGAAGUGUACUCCUUCACAGGUGACACUGGAGUGAAAUAGGAAGAAGCCAGCAGGAGCUGAUUAGAAGUCAUCAGCAGAGAAGUCCAGUUUGAAAGAUGGGUGAGGAGGGACCUCCCAGCCUGGAGUACAUUCAGGCCAAGGACCUGUUCCCUCACAAGGAGCUGGUGAAGGAAGAGGAGAGCCUGCAGGUCCCGUUCCCAGUACUCCAGGGGGAGGGGGUUGAAUAUCUCGGCCGUGCCGACGAUGCCAUCAUUGCGAUAUCCAAUUACAGGAUUCACAUUAAGUUCAAAGACUCAGUCAUCAAUACCCUUCCGCGGGGGGUGGACAGUGAGAUAUCAGUGCCUCUGAGGCUGAUUGAUUAUGUGGAGUGCCGGGAUAUGUUCCAGCUCCACAUCAUCUGCAAAGACUCCAAAGUGGUCAGGUGCCAUUUCUCCACCUUUAAACAGGGCCAGGAGUGGCUGAAGAGGCUGAACAGGGCCAUUGCUCACCCGGCCCGAUUGGAGGAGCUGUUUACCUUUGCCUAUCACGCCUGGUGCCUGGGAGCCUGUGCCGACGAGGAGGAUCACCACGUACACCUGUGCCGUCCCGGAGAUCACGUGCGUCACAGGUUUGAGAUGGAGUUGGUGAGAAUGGGCUUUGAUUUACAGAACGCCUGGAGAGUGUCUGAUAUCAACAGCAACUACAAGCUCUGUUCCAGUUACCCCCAAAAGCUAAUGGUUCCUGUCUGGAUCACAGACAAAGAGCUGGAGCACGUUGCCUCCUUCAGGUCAUGGAAGAGAAUUCCAGUUGUGGUGUACAGACACCAGCGGAACGGCUCUGUGAUUGCACGCUGCAGCCAGCCAGAGAUCAGCUGGUGGGGCUGGCGGAACACUGAUGACGAGUAUUUGGUGACGUCCAUCGCCAAGGCCUGCGCGCUCGACCCUGGGGUGAAAACACGGGGCGCCAUGAACCCUCGGAGCAGGAGCGAGGGGGGCGACGCCUCCGACAGUGACUUUGAUUCCUCCCUGACAGUCUGCCCCAGCCCAGAGGCCGCCGGGGCCCCUCAGAAGCUGCUGAUCCUGGACGCCCGCUCCUACGCUGCGGCCGUCGCCAACAGAGCCAAGGGGGGGGGCUGUGAGUGUGAAGAGUACUACCCCAACUGUGAAGUGAUGUUCAUGGGAAUGGCAAACAUCCACUCCAUUCGGAACAGUUUCCAGUCUCUCCGGGCUGUGUGUGGCCAGAUCCCAGACCCCGGAAACUGGCUGUCUGCUCUGGAGAGCACGAAAUGGCUGCAGCACUUGUCUGUGAUGCUGAAGGCUGCCACGCUGGUCUCCUCUGCAGUGGAGAGGGAGGGCCGACCCGUGCUGGUGCACUGCUCAGACGGCUGGGACCGGACCCCACAGAUCGUAGCGCUCGCCAAGAUCCUACUGGACCCUUACUACAGGACCAUAGAGGGGUUUCAGGUCCUGGUGGAGACAGAGUGGCUGGACUUUGGCCACAAGUUUGGGGAUCGCUGUGGACACCAGGAGAACUCUGACGAUCUGAGCGAGCAGUGCCCAGUGUUCCUGCAGUGGCUGGACUGCAUCCACCAGCUCCUCAAGCAGUUCCCCUGCCUGUUUGAGUUUAACGAGGCUUUUCUGGUGAAGUUGGUCCAGCACACCUACUCCUGCCUUUACGGGACUUUCCUGUGUAACAACGCCGGCGAGAGAGAAGCCCGUAACAUCUACAAGCGAGCCUGCUCCGUGUGGUCCCUACUGCGCACAGGGAACAAGAACUUCCAGAACUUCCUCUACAUGGCCAGCCACGACAUGGUGCUCCAGCCGGUGUGUCAUGUGAGGGCCCUCCAGCUGUGGACAGCAGUGUAUCUGCCCACGUCCUCUCCCUGCACUGCUGCAGAGGACAGCAUGCACAUGUACCUGUGUCCUGCCACACAGCCUGAGGAGCUGACCUCCAGAUCUCUGGACAGGCUUCCCAAAACAAGAUCAAUGGACAACCUCGUCUCUGCUUGCGACAGCGGGGCGCCUCUGACUCGCACCUCCAGUGACCCCAAUCUGAACAAGCACUGCCAAGAGGGGCGGCCCACGCUGGAACACAAGCCUGGGGCAGCAGGGGGGGCCAGUGAGACGUCUGAGAGCACACCGCUGACCAACGGGGAGCACAGCGAGUCUGAAAAAGGGGAGAGGGAGGGCGAGACACAGCCCCCCGACAAGAAGCAGCUCAACGACGAGAACUUCAACUCUGUCAAGGAGUACGGUCUGAAUCCACAGCCUGUACAGAACCCACACAACGCUCUGCAAGGACACAGAGUUUCAAACGCAGAGAACGCACAGCCAAACCUAUCAGAGAAUCCGCCUCUGAAAACACCGGAGGCACCCAACGGCACCCAGCCGUGCCCAGCUGAGAUACAGGAGACCGAUUACCGGGCUUCAGAAAACCCCCAGCCCCCCUCCACAGACACAUGUCUACAGGUAGCGGAAAAUGGGUUAACCCUGGAAUGUGACGAGCAGCGCCUUCUGCUGACGGCAGUGGAACUGCUUCAAUUAAAAAACACAUCCCUGGAACUGGACUGCUCGACCGAGACGCUGACAGAACACAGUGCUGCCCCGGCAGCCGAACGCACCAAGAGAGCGCAGCCUCUGAAAAGCAACGGCCUGGUCCCGAGCUGCGAGAGCAACGUGGCUGAGCUUUCACGGUUCAGCAGAGCGCAGCCUGACUGUGCUAGGACUGCGAGGAAAUUUAUUUCCCAGAGCCAGUUCAGCGAGUUUUCUUUACUGGGAUCUAACUGGGAAAGCAGCAUGCAGGGCUUGGUCAAAUCGGCAUGCAACGGGGAAGCGGGUCUCCGCAGGGCGCCCAGCUACCAGAACCGAAGGCUGGCUGGUAAACUCCUGCGAGCGGCCAGCAACAGAGAAAGCCUGCGGCCGCCCAGCAAGGCAGCGUGGUGCUCGACGGGCUCCGCGGGGAGGAGCUCCGGGUAUUUUGCACUGGCAGCUCCCAGCAGGCAAGUUUCUGUCAGCACCUCGUCCUCCUGCUCCCCCCCUGCCUACCUGGACGAUGACGGGCUGGCUGUGCCGGUUGACGCGGUGCAGCAGAGGCUGCGGCAGAUCGAGGCUGGAUACAAGCAGGAGGUGGAGCUGCUGAGACGGCAGGUCAGAGAGCUGCAGAUGAGGCUGGAGAGCAGGCAGUGCUGCGCGCCCCCCACCGAGCCGGACGAGGACUACCAGGAUGACUUUACAUGUCUGCGAGAGUCUGAUGACAGCGAUGGGGAGGACUCUCUCUCGGUUCACAGUGAUGACCGGCUGUCUGAGGCCAGCUGGGAGCCUGUUGACCGGAAGGACACAGAGGUCAGCUUCCCUGAUUGCCUAUUACAGGUAACGCGCUGGGUCCCUGAUCACAUGGCAUCUCAUUGCUUCAGCUGCGACUCUGAGUUCUGGUUAGCCAAACGCCGCCACCACUGCAGGAACUGUGGGAAUGUGUUCUGCGGGGGCUGCUGCUACCUAAAACAGCCCAUCCCAGACCAGCAGCUGUAUGACCCCGUGCUGGUGUGCAACUCCUGCUAUGAUCACAUCCAGGUCUGCAGAGCCCGCGAGAUCAUGAGCCAGCAGCUGAAGAAGCCGAUCACUGCGGCCUCCAGCUGAACAGAGAAUCCAUUGAAUCGGGUUGGAUCUGUUGACCUGCCAGUUUACCGGAUGAGCCGAGCGCCUCCAAGCUUUGACACACACCAAGGGGGGGUUUGUGCAGCUGAUGAUUGAUGAUGAUGAUGAUGAUGAUGAUGAUGAGGAUGAUGAUUCCUGUCUGGAGCCAAAGCUGGCUAUGCAACUGAUCUAUUAUAAUCGGUGGGGAUUUUAUCCUGAGCCAACGCUCUGCAGGAUCCCCUGGCGACCGUCUUUAGCCGAAAGAUGGAUCCAGCAUCCAGCAAAAUACAGGGAGUGUUUUUGCGUGAAUUGUACUGGCUGGAAUAACUUCAACUUCAUUCCGGCCCUUCAUCUCAACCUAUGCACCCAGAUUAGUGCGUCUUACAACACUAGACAUUUGGAGGACAAUUUAUUUUGUCUGCUGGAGGAGUGUUGCAAUCCAAGGCUUGUUCGGUAUAUCAGAGGCUUAAUAUUUAAAUGCUGCUACAGUAUGUGAACUUUUUUUGUGCACUAGAAGCUGUUGUAAAAAGGGGCGGGGGGAGCUGAGGCCAAACUACUUUAAGCAAAAGGGAGCAAAAUCUAUCAUUAGUGCUGUUGUAUUAUCUUGUGGGCCUGCUAGAGCCGGAAUGUAAUGUUGAAACAAACAAAUCUGUGUGUGUAUAUUGGUUGUAUAUUGAUGGGAUUUUUUAAAUCCAGCAAUGCUUAUUUUUUUUUGUAAAGCUAGAGGCCCUUAAUAGCACCAUUUGUGUGGGAGACUGCAGAAUGGAAGAUACUGACACUGACAAGGACUAGUUAUUGAAAAACAAAAGGCUGUCAAGCUGAUAUUUAAUGUCCAGGUGUAGUGAGGCAGGGAUAGAGGAAAUACACUUAAUUUGUAAUUUCUGAUUUCCAAAUUGAGAAUUCAAAAUCCAAAUGGCUUUGUGGGUCCCAGUUUUCAUAAUAGUAGAAAGUAUUACAAACAAUUGAAGUCACCAAUGGCACAGAGCCGUCACUCUUGAAAAGGGGUGUUACCAAAAAGUGGGACUUGCCAAGUCCUUUGCAUGGAUGGCUUGUGAAUCACUUCUUUAGAACAGAGUAGUGCCUCGUUGUCUGAUGCAUUUUUUUCCUUCUCAAACUAACAUUACGCGAAGGCUACCGUAGGCCCUGAAGAAAAUACUGUUAAAGGUCUGUGUUGUUUUUUUGGGGGUAUCCACAGUAAACUGUACCAUGGGAAGGUUGUUACUGAAGUAAUAGUGCCAUUCUGUGUUUUGUUUACCUUUUAUCAUGUUAUUUGUUUUCAUUGGAUGAAAGCCAGGUAACUAAUGGGAAAGUGCUUGCUGUUGAAAGGUACUUUUUUUAGCUCUCUGCUCAACAAGGAUGAGUUGUGUUGUGUACCUCACCUGAGAAAAAAUGCGAUUUUAAAAAGAAAAUCAAGCAAACUGGAAAGAACUUGACUGGCCCUUUUGUGGUUGUCAUCUGCCUAAUAAUGUUGGGUCCUGCUUUCAGUCGUGCUGGUGAAGGCAAAAAAAAAAGCCUGAAAUGUAAUAUAUAGAUUCUGUAGUUAUCAAAUCUGUGCAAGUGGCUGAACCCGUCACCUAGUCUGUUAAUUGUUGUAAAGAAAUGCACUGUACAAGUUGAAUUCCAUGGGUUCAUUAAAACAAAAAGAUAUAUAUCAGGACUUUUGGUCUCCUCUGUGGUUUUCCUUGUUGCUUGAUUAUUGUUGUGCCUGCAUGACUUCACACAAUCCUGCUUUACUCCCACAAGGGAGAACGCAGCUUUUAGAACUGAUGCAGGGCAGAUGCUGUGCCACAUUCCUGCAAGAUCCCUUUCACUUUGCACAGCAGAAUUUGGAUCAAUUAAAACUGCAAUAUCAGCAGCAUGGUUUGCUGAAAUGACAAUUACACCUACAAUGAUAUUUUAUUCAAUUACAAUUAGUUACAAUAAUGCUGCAGUAAUUAUAAUUACAAGGAUACUAAAUAACAAACAACUACACAUAUUAAUGUUUAUUUAUUCUAAAUAAUCGCUCAAUGUGAAACACAACAUGGAACUAGAAAUGACUCCGCUUGAAAAGGUGUGUGCUUAAUGAUAUGGUGCUCAUAAUUAGCAGUUCAUAUUUGAAGUCGAGUGUAAUUCAUUUGGAUUGUUGGUCUCUGAUCAAGGUAUAGUUAUUCCUUUGUUUGCAAAAUGCAAUUAGAUUUGAUUUUCUUAAGCUGCUUCUAAUACCAAGCUAAAAAUGUGGCUCAUACCUUGAUUCCAUGUUUUUUUUUUGUUCCUGGAGAGAAGUUAAUGAAAUUGUAUUGAAAGGAAUGUUGUUAAAAUACCUCUGAGGUACUUUGUCUUCAGUUUUAAGAGUAAGCAAAAAUGCUCCUGUAACCUUAAUGUUUAUGGCUUUCCACAGCCCUGUUCUAUUAAGCUUCAAAGCUGCUGCCCGUUCCCUGCUGGUGUUUUAUAUGAACUUCAUUUUUGUUCCAGUCCACGGUUCCUGUUCUGCUGACCACCGAUGAAAAGAAGUAUUUUCCACUUGUAGGUGCCAAAUGUGUGUUUUGAAUAACCAGGCAGUACUGUGUGUGUGUGUGUGUGUGUGUGUGUGUGUGUGUAAAUCAGUGCUGGCUGAAAUGUAGCACCCAAGACAAGUGUCUGGAGUACAUUCUGGUUUGUUUUAGAAUUGCAGUUUAUGACAUCUUCCACUAGAAGGUAACAAGCAUUGCUGCUCUUUCUGUUUCUGCAUAUGUUUUACUGUUUUAGCCUAUAAAGGAUAACCAUGAUCAUUGUGGUGUUGUGCUGCUUUUUUUUAUUUAUAUGAAAAAAUUGGUAAGUUUUAGAAAUGUACUUUUCUGCAUUUAGUUCUUGCACUACUUGAUAGAGGAUGCAUGUGUGUGUGUGUUCCUCCCCUUCCCCUGUCCCAUGUGACACUUUUCCUCCAGAAUAAGCAGACAUCACUUUUUAUUUGGAAUAAAAUCUUAGACACUGCACACAUCACGGACAGGAACCACAUAGGAUGCCUGCCCAACAGCAACGGAAAAGCAAAGUGCAUCUGGCCACUCUCAUACAGUCUGUACCCAAUUGAGUGCUCAUACAGAGCAAAGAGGAUGUUCUGUUUACAUUCUAGGGCACGUGUGUGACAUGCCACAAAAAGCAAAGACCAAAAGCCUCCUCACCACAUGCCUUGCAGCUAUGGGGAAGCACCUUGGUUGAAUUCUGAAUGCCUGGUCCUCUGCAGAAUGUGGAGGUCUUAUAUGAGAGAUACCUGUUGGAGCUGUACAUUAAAA